AUGAUCGCUGUACCCUGUUCAUACUCAAUCUGCUGUCCAGCUCACUGUAUCCAUCUGCCGGGCGCCAUCAUUUUCCAGUUUCGCCUCAAUCAUAGUUUUCCCACUCUCAUCCUACCGGGGACAUCAGCACUCACCAUUGUUGCCUGUCCUGGUCCUCAUCUCCAUCCAAAUGCUCAUCUGUCUCCUCCCAUGGCGCUGUCGUAG